CGCCAUCUUUAAACCCCACAAGAGGCCAGCUACAGUUGCAUACCGGAAUGAAAAACACUAUCCCUAUAGCGGAAUAUAAGUUCAAAUUGUGGAGCUGGCAUGGUUGUUCACCGGUCAAAUAACCCAUAAGGAACUGUCCGAUGGGACUGUAAGGAGAUGAUCACGGGACACCGCGGGAGCCUUAAGCAAUUGUUGUCAUAGGCUGGCAACAACAAUAGACGGAAAGACAACAACAACGGACUAGCAGGCUAACUCGCUAGCUAGCUCCUUGCCAAGUGCUGCGCUGGUUUUGAAUGCUAACUGAAAGCUAGCUAACGUUAGCUACUUCAUCAGCAAGUCUGUUCAGUUGCGCUGAAAUUUGACCAGACUCUGCUUAUAGCUGGUAGUUGGUGACUCGCAACGCCAGCAAGGACUACCUGUAAUCUCCUUUCCACUUUUUAGACCAACUAAGAACUAAAAAUUGCGUAGUGGCAUUGGUUAGCUGAAAGCUAAGUCCCGACUUCUCCCUCUCCCCAGCGGCCCAGCCGGAGAUGCAUGGAAGAUGUCGGUGUCGGGGCUGAAGGCCGAACUGAAGUUUUUGGAAUCCAUUUUUGAUCCAAACCACGAACGCUUCAGAAUCAUUGACUGGAAACCUGACGAACUGAGCUGCCAGUUUAAUGUAACUGGAGAAAAGCUGUUAAUUAUCCACUGUAACAUAACGGAAUCUUAUCCAUCUACCCCGCCAAUAUGGUUUGUGGACUCUGACGAUCCGAGCUUGGCGCAAGUUUUGGAGAGACUAGACGAUGUGAGAAAAGGAAACACCCUGCUUUUGCAGCAGUUGAAGAAACUCAUUUGUGACCUCUGUCGGCUGUACAACCUUCCCCAGCAUCCAGAUGUGGAGAUGCUGGACCAACCCUUGCCUGCAGGCCCUGUGGGACAGGACAGAAAGCAUGGGACAGAAGAGGUCACAUCUGAGGAAGAAGAGGAAGAGGAGAUGGGGGAGGACAUAGAGGAUCUGGACCACUACGAAAUGAAAGAAGAAGAGCCUGUAGAUGGAAAAAAGUCAGAGGACGAUGGCAUUGAAAAGGAGAAUCUGGCCAUCCUGGAGAAAAUUCGAAAGAAUCAGAGGCAGGACCACUUAAAUGGGGCUGUGUCUGGUUCAGUGCAAGCUUCUGACCGCCUGAUGAAGGAGCUUAGAGAGAUCUACAGGUCUCAGAGUUACAAGACAGGCAUUUAUUCAGUCGAGCUUGUUAAUGACAGCCUGUAUGAAUGGCACGUCAAACUAAGGACGGUGGAUCCAGAUAGCCCCUUACACAGUGAUUUACAGGUCCUAAAGGAAAAGGAAGGAAUGGACUACAUUUUACUAAACUUCUCUUAUAAAGAUAAUUUCCCCUUUGAUCCACCAUUUGUCCGGGUGGUUUCACCCGUGCUUUCUGGAGGAUAUGUUCUUGGAGGAGGUGCCCUGUGCAUGGAACUUCUCACCAAACAGGGUUGGAGCAGUGCCUAUUCCAUUGAGUCUGUCAUCAUGCAGAUCAAUGCCACUUUAGUCAAAGGAAAAGCCAGAGUGCAGUUUGGAGCCAAUAAAAAUCAGUACAAUCUUGCCAGAGCACAGCAGUCCUACAAAUCCCUGGUUCAGAUCCAUGAAAAGAACGGCUGGUACACACCCCCUAAGGAGGAUGGUUAAACAGACUUUUGCCUUUCCUGCACUGGGACCACAUGUCUUUGAUUUAUUUUUUCUCAAGACCAAUAUUUUUUUAAAUCCCUCAACCAUUUUGUUCUCUUCUUGAGAGUUUGAAACUCCAAAGCAAUUUUCUCAUUUAGUGACCACUCGGAUACUAGCACAUAACACACACUCUCACCUGACAUUUUUAUCAGCUACUCCCAAGGGUGUCCUCUCUUCAGAUUAUUAUCUCUCUGUACAUCUUUUGUGUUCUGCGAUUCAUCCCAUACUUUAGAAACCGGUGGACUAAAUAUUACGUCAGGUCACCCUUUUGGUUUUGGCGUCAGGCAUGCCGAGGUUACCUGCUGGCUGUGAGUUGAAAGGUGCGGCAUGGCUUUAUCCAGCAGUGUGUUGCUCUGGUUACUGGACUCCUCUACGCCUCUCUGGCCACAGACUGGGUCUGAGAAUGGCAUGUGCGACAUACGCAGCUGAUGGAAAGAACCGCUGCCUGUUCUUUCACGGACAGCUUCUGUAAUAUUGUGCUCAUGUAUUAUCUUUAAAAUGCCAAGAUCCCUCCUCUGGAAUAAUGUGCUUCUGAGGCUUGCUCGCUUCCAAACCUCUUUAUCUUUAAAAGCUUGAAGCCCUGAGGUCUGGGGGGGGGGCAGGGUGGAUUAAAGGACUUUUACCACCAAAAUGAAGAACAACAUCCUGCUGAGCUCCAAAGUUGGAGACUACCAUCAUCUUUACAACCAGCAUUGGAACAUCUUCUUGCAGGAUGGGUUUGCUUUUUGGCUAGUAACAUGAGCAGGCAGGCAGGGCUUGUUUGGAUAUGAUCACACUGUAAUGUAGUUGAUUUUAACUCCAAGUGUAAACAUGUAAAUUUGUAUUUCUGCAAAAGGAUUUAAUUGUUUAUAAUGUAACCUUGUCUGGGUCUUUGGCUUGGCAGAGACUGUAUUACUAUAUACCCUUGACUAUAAACAGCAGGGGCACUGCAACUUCUUGAGACCCAUUUAGAAUAAGAAAAAAUUGCUUCAUGGAUACUCUUGCAGAAGGAAACAGAAGUAUGCCAUGUUCUUAUGUAAGCUUAAUGACUACUGCUUUUUUUGGGUUUUUUUUUUUUGUUUUUGUUUUUUUAAUAUUGAUUUGUAAUCCUCAUGUUAUUGGCAACAUUAACAGAACCAUUCCCCUCUUUUGAUGGCACCUCUUAACUACAGUAGCUGUUACAAUAACGGCACAGAUACAGCUGUUUUCUGGCAUUCCAGAGGUUUGGCUUUUCAUAUUGAAUCACUCAAACCGGAUGAACCUCAGUCAGGCUAUGCAGCGAAGACACAGUCUUGUGGAGUUUUGUUGUACUGAAGAAAUUAAGUCUUAACAGCUUAACAGUGUUGUCACCUGCUUAGUUCUUGUAGCUGGUUCACAUCCUGAGCACUUUGCAGUCAUAACAAACAGUUUAGGAGGGAGAAAAAAAGUGACCUUGGCCUUCUGACUUUUCCUUCACCUCACGGCUGUCUUUUAUUUUUUAAAUGCAGCCAGAGUUUCAAAUUCACAGCAAUAGUCUCGACCGUAUACCUUCUGGCUUCACACCUGGGGAGAUCGACUGGAGUCUGUUCCAUUUCCAGAAUAUUUCUGUCUGUUGAAUAAAUAUUUGUUCAGAUUUGCCACAGGAAAGGACCCAGCUCUUCCCAUUAGCACCUCUCUGGCUACUAUUCAUAACCACUCCUAGCACUGCUGCCCCCCUGUCAGCGUGCUGGGUCUUUGAUGUAAUGUGAAUAAUAUGCAGAAAAACUGCGUGGAUCAUUCCAGUUAAUGCAGUUACACGUUUGUUGUGGGUGUUCUAUUGUGUGGUUACUUGCAUUGUUUUAAGUAUAUUGUCCUGAAAACCAGCAUAGAAAGCUUAGUUAUGCUAAUUCAUACAGGCAUUCCUCAAUUUUGAGUUGAUUUUAAGUAUAUUUUCUCAGUGAUAUUAACCUCAGUCACCAAUAUCUUUAAACAGGUAGAGAUGUGUAUAAAACAUACAUCAAGUUCAUGUUCAGCAUGUGUCUGAUGUUUGAUUGGACGUGCUGAAUGUGUGUAACAGAUUUCACCCUGCUUUCAUGUUCCACCUGAAGAAAACUCAACAUGGGUCUUUGGCAUGGUUGUUAGCUGUUGUGAUGCCAUUGGUAAUGUAUCAUUCACUUCAUUCUGGCCCCUAUGUCGACCCCACCCCUCUGCAUUCUCUGGAGAAGCAAACUCAGGAAUACAUACUGCACACUUGAAUUAGCAAAAGAUUGCCUCAGAAUUUUGUCAUGGAACGCAAGAAUUGGAUUUGUCAGUCUUUCGUUGGGCCAUUUUAAAUUGAUUCCUCUGUUUUACCUUGAGGCAUCACUAUCGGGUUCGCUGUCAACGCGUGCUGAUUCUUUUCAAGGUUGAUUAAAUAUUACUAAGCAAGUUUUAUGGAAUGAUCAGAUGAUUAUUAUCCUGUGCUUUACUAGAGUUCAGGCCAACCUGUUUCUUUGAUAUUGCUGUAUGUUGCAUGUCAGUAUAUCAGUGGGUGUUUCCCCCAAGCUACUGAAGGUACAUAGUGGUUGGAAAUGGUGGUGAAGACAAGAUGUAUAAUUUUUUAACUUAACCUUCAUCAGUGCACAGGAUAAUAGCUCCCUGUCUUUUACAUGUUGAACCAAGUCAGGAAAUAUAAGAAACGCAUAGACUUAACAGGACAUCUACCAAAGUAGCAGUGCAGAUUUGUGUCCCACCAGAACAACUGUACGCCCACAUCUUAACCCUGACUCCUGGAAUAGCUCUGUAUUUUAAGUCUGUUUGUGCACUGAAUAACAGCUUCUCUGACACCAUCUCAUGUCGUCCAACUAACAGAAACCUUUGAGUGAGCCACAUAUUGGUCUGAGGUCUAAAUUAGCCUGAUACUGGGUUCUUUACCGUGCUUCAUUAACUGCAGUGGCCGGGUUAUAAAGUUAUGCACUGUUAGCAUGCUUUGGUUUGGUUUCAUUUUUUUCCAUUGCAAGGGUGAUUUUGACCAUGUAAAGUAAUUUGUAAACUUGCAUCAAGUUUAUGAAUAAAGAAUUUUAUGAAA